AUGUCAAUCAGUCCAGAGCCCGCCGCGAUCGACCCAUCAAUAUUUCUUCCCCCGAGCAUAGACAAACCGCGGCUGCUCGCCGGCGAAUCCUACGCACACUUCUCGCCGGCCCCGCCAGCAAUUUCUACACAAACAACGACUACAGAUACAGAAUCAGACUACCUUAUUCUCGGUGUCGAUGAAGCCGGUCGUGGCCCCGUCCUCGGGCCAAUGGUCUACAGCGCCUUCUACCUUCCCAGUUCCCUGCACCACUCGCUCCUGUCAAAAGAACACAACUUCGACGAUAGUAAAGUCCUUACCACGGGUGUUAGGGCGAAUCUCAUGCGCAUUCUUUGUACAAAGGGCUCGUCACUCUACGAGUCGUGCGGAUGGGCGACGAAGCUCCUCUCCGCGCGGGAUAUAUCGUCAGGGAUGAUGCGGCCUGCAGCAGGCGCUUACAACCUGAAUGCGCAGGCAAUGGAUGCAACAAUCGAGUUAAUCAGAGGCGUGGUGGAAGAGAGGAAAAUGAAUGUGCGCGAGGUCUAUAUCGAUACGGUGGGAAACCCGGCGAGUUACCAGAAGAAGCUGGAGAUGGUGUUUCCAUCGCUGAGGAUCACUGUUGCAAAGAAGGCGGACUCGCUGUAUCCUUGCGUUAGUGCGGCGAGUGUGGUGGCGAAGGUUACGAGAGACGUCGCGCUGGAGGUGUGCUAUGAGACUUUCCAGGAGACUGGAAGGGGUGACGAUGGUUGGGGGAGUGGGUAUCCAUCGGAUUCCAAGUGUGUGGGGUGGUUAAGGAAUAAUAUGGACCCUAUCUUUGGAUGGGGGAAUGAGUGUCGGUUCAGCUGGGGGACGGCCAAGGAGAUUCUCGAGGCCAAGGGCGGAGAGAAGGUUGACUGGCCAGUGGAGGAGGACAAUACGAAGCUUAUGGAUUUUUUGCUGGCGGCUGGUGGUAGGGGCCCGGAGCAGGAACUCCGUGAGUGGUUCGGAAAGAAGACUGCAGAAAUUUUAUGA